AUGGCAAAGUUGACGUCAGAAUACGGAGAGCGGGAAAAGUUACUUUGUAUUUCCUUUAUUAAUUGGUCUGUCUGUCUGUCUGUCUGUCUAUCUAUCUAUCUAUCUAUCUAUCUAUCUAUCUAUCAGGUUAUCUAUAUCGAUUCGUUAAUAUCUAUCUAUCUAUCUCGGUUUGUUCGUAUCUAUCUAUUUUUCUGUCUAUCUGUCCGUAUGCCUUUCUGUUUUCACCGUAUCUCAUCUUAUCUAUCUAUCUAUCUAUCUAUCUAUCUAUCUAUCUAUCUAUCUAUCUAUCUAUCUAUCUCAGUUUAUUCAUGUCUCUGUCUCUCUCUCUCUCUCUGUCAGUUAUAUCAUUAUGUUAACUUGCUUAUAUUUAUAUAUAUCCUAGAUUUUCUGUCUGUAUGUAACUAUCUAAUUUAUGUUGUCUGGCUGUUUCUAUCUAUCUAUCUAUCUAUCUAUCUAUCUAUCUAUCUAUCUAUCUAUCGUAACCUGCUUGUAUAUGUAUCCUAG